GAAAGAAGGGCAUAAUAGUAAUUUGAGUAAGGAUCCAAAACCAAACUGAGGUCGACAUUUCCAAAGCUCCCGUCGUUGCUUCCCAACUGUUGGAAACCAAAACUCCAUCAACCACUUCGGUUUCAUCGAAACCCCCAAAACAUAACCCCACUUCCCUCCUCUUUUCUUUAUAUUCUCAUCACCUCACUGCUCUUUCCGUACAAUCCCCACAUUCAUAACCCAAUCUUCCUCCUCCUUUGCUUCGAGCAUUACACCACACAAUGGCCAAGCCAACCAGAGAUUUGGGUGUUGGAGACAAUUUAUUUACCAAGAAAAAGUUUUUGUCAUCUUAUUACAUUCCCACAGAGGAGAUAACUGUAUUGACUUUGGGUGAUUCAAGUAAGAUAAAAGAAGAAAAUAUGGGAACCGCAGCAACUCCUGGCCCUUACAUGACCAACAUUAAACCUUGUAUUUCUUCUUCUCGUAAAAUUGUUGUCUCGACCAUGGUGAACAUCAUCGCUCAGCAUAAAGAGGCAUCAUGGUCAGGGCUUGCAAGUGCCUCUCACAUCUCGUCAAGGCAGCCGUUCCUCCAUAGGAUCACUUCAAAGCCUGUCAAGUUUGAAAAGUUUGUUACAAGAGCCAUGUCUGAACAAAGUGACAACAAGCCUUUGUCUGGACUUCCUAUUGAUUUGAGAGGUAAAAGAGCAUUUAUAGCUGGUGUUGCUGAUGACAAUGGGUAUGGUUGGGCAAUAGCAAAAUCUCUUGCUGCUGCUGGAGCUGAAAUUCUUGUUGGAACAUGGGUGCCUGCACUCAACAUAUUCGAAAGCAGUCUAAGACGUGGGAAAUUUGAUGAAUCACGCAUAUUGCCAGAUGGGUCAUUAAUGGAGAUCACCAAAGUUUAUCCCAUGGAUGCUGUUUAUGACUCUCCCGAGGAUGUACCUGUAGAUGUGGAAACAAACAAACGUUACGCCGGGUCUUCAAACUGGACAGUUCAGGAGCUUGUUGAAUGUGUGAAAAAGGAUUUUGGCAGCAUUGACAUUCUUGUUCACUCCCUUGCAAAUGGACCAGAGGUAAGCAAACCUCUUUUAGAGACAUCAAGAAAUGGAUAUCUUGCUGCCCUAUCUGCAUCAAGUUACUCCUAUAUUUCUCUACUCAAGCAUUUCCUUCCAAUAAUGAAUCCGGGAGGUGCUUCUAUUUCUCUAACAUACAUUGCUUCUGAAAGAAUAAUCCCAGGAUAUGGUGGAGGCAUGAGUUCAGCAAAGGCUGCUUUGGAGAGUGAUACUCGUGUACUGGCUUUUGAAGCUGGAAGAAAACACAAAGUCAGAGUCAACACGAUUUCUGCCGGCCCGUUGAGGAGUAGAGCUGCAAAGGCAAUUGGAUUUAUUGACAUGAUGAUCGAUUACUCCCUGGCUAAUGCACCCCUAAAGAAAGAACUGUCAGCAGAGGAGGUGGGAAAUGCUGCUGCCUUUCUGGCUUCGCCAUUGUCUUCAGCUAUCACGGGGGCUGUUGUGUAUGUAGACAAUGGCCUAAAUGCAAUGGGAGUCGGAGUUGACAGUCCAAUAUUUGAGAACCUUGACAUUCCGAAAGACAACUGAGUCUACAAAUGGUCUUCACAAUUUUAUUUAGCUUAAAAUAAAUGUUGUUUCGGUCAAUGCAUUUACAAUGACCACAUUCUGGAAUACAAACAGAUACUGUAAUAACAUUUAUACUUUAACGGUCUAGUUUAUUUUCUACAUUGAAUUCAUGGUUUUGUUAAGUUAA